AUGACGAUAACGCACAUAGUGUCCUUCAAGUACCACGCUUCGACGACGCCGGAGGAGAAGGACGAGAUCCAGCGCCGCAUCUUUCUCCUCCCCUCGACCUGCCUCCAUCCGGAUACGGGACGACCCUACUUUGUCGAUGCGCAGGGAGGCGUCAAUACUUCGCCCGAGGGGUUCGGAAAGGACUUUGACCAUGCCUUUGUACUCCUCUUCCAGUCCCAGGCCGACCUAGACUACUACCUCGAGACCGAUCCCGUUCACGACGAGUUCAAGGUCUUUGUCAAGCCCUUUGUCGACGACCUGUUCGUCUUUGACUUUCCAAGCACCUGGAAGGGCUACGAUAGCCCCGCACAGUCCACACAGACCCAGACUCAGACCCAGGCACAGGCCCAACCGCAGCCUCAGCCCCAGCCCAAGGCCCAACCGCAGCCCCAGCCGCAGGCGCGACAGCGCGCAAAGUGGUGGCAAAAGGUCAAGAGCCUGCUCUAG